AGGAGGAGGAGGAGGAAGGGGCGGCGCUCGGCUCGGCUCGGCUCGGCGCGGCCAUCCCCGGGCCCCGCAUCGCUGCGUGCGCGGAGCCGCCGUGCAGCCGGCAGGAUGAUCGCCGCCCAGCUCCUGGCCUACUACUUCACGGAGCUGAAGGAGGACCAGGUCAAAAAGAUUGAUAAAUACCUCUAUGCCAUGCGGCUCUCGGACGAAACGCUGCUGGAUGUCAUGGCUCGCUUCAGGAGGGAGAUGAAGAACGGCCUCUCCAGGGAUUUUAACCCCACGGCUGCAGUCAAGAUGCUUCCCACGUUUGUCAGGUCCAUUCCUGAUGGUUCAGAGAAAGGAGAUUUCAUUGCACUGGACCUUGGUGGUUCUUAUUUCCGAAUUCUGCGGGUGAAGGUAUCACAUGAGAAGAAGCAGACGGUGCAGAUGGAAAGUGAAAUUUAUAACACCCCUGAAGAUAUCAUGCACGGCAGUGGGACACGGCUUUUUGAUCACGUUGCUGAGUGCCUGGGAGACUUCAUGGAGAAACAACAGAUCAAAGACAAGAAAUUGCCAGUCGGGUUUACGUUUUCUUUCCCCUGUCGACAGUCCAAGCUAGAUGAGGGUAUUCUGAUAACCUGGACGAAGCGCUUCAAAGCAAGUGGAGUGGAGGGAGCAGAUGUUGUGAGGCUGCUUAACAAGGCCAUCAAGAAACGUGGGGACUACGAUGCGGAUAUCAUGGCUGUUGUGAACGACACCGUCGGGACGAUGAUGACCUGUGGCUUCGACGACCAGCGCUGCGAAGUUGGCCUGAUCAUUGGCACCGGCACCAACGCCUGUUACAUGGAGGAGAUGCGGCACAUCGACCUGGUGGAAGGGGAUGAGGGCAGGAUGUGCAUUAACACGGAGUGGGGGGCCUUUGGAGAUGACGGCUCACUAGAAGACAUCAGGACUGAGUUUGAUCGGGAGAUCGACCGUGGAUCUCUUAACCCAGGGAAGCAGCUGUUUGAGAAGAUGGUCAGCGGGCUGUACAUGGGGGAGCUGGUAAGGCUCAUCCUGGUGAAGAUGGCCAAGGAGGGGCUGCUCUUUGAGGGGAGGAUCACCCCUGAGCUUCUCACAAAAGGGAAGUUUGAGACAAAGCAUGUUUCUGCCAUAGAAAAGAGCAAAGAAGGUUUGAACAAAGCCAAAGAGAUCCUGACGCGGCUGGGGGUGGAGCCGUCCCACGAGGACUGCAUCGCCGUCCAGCACGUCUGCACCAUCGUGUCCUUCCGCUCCGCCAACCUGGUGGCCUCCACCCUGGGUGCCAUCCUCAACCAGCUGCGGGACAACAAGGGGGUCGGCCGCCUCCGCACCACCGUGGGCGUGGAUGGCUCCCUCUACAAGAUGCACCCACAGUACGCCCGGCGCCUGCACAAAACCACGCGGCGCCUGGUGCCCGACUCGGAGGUGCGGUUCCUGCUGUCGGAGAGCGGCAGCGGGAAGGGGGCGGCCAUGGUGACGGCCGUGGCCUACCGGCUGUCGGAGCAGCACCGGCUCAUCGACGAGACCCUGGCCGAGUUCAAGCUCACCCACGAGCAGCUGCUGCAGGUCAAGAAGAGGAUGAGGGCGGAGAUGGAAGCGGGGCUGAAGAAGAAGACUCAUGAGACGGCCAAAGUGAAAAUGUUGCCCACCUUCGUCCGCAGCACGCCGGAUGGGACAGAAAACGGAGACUUUCUGGCACUUGACCUUGGAGGGACAAACUUUAGAGUUUUGCUGGUGAAAAUCCGCAGUGGUAAAAGGAGAACAGUUGAGAUGCACAACAAGAUCUAUGCCAUUCCUAUAGAGGUGAUGCAGGGAACAGGAGAAGAGCUGUUUGAUCACAUCGUUACCUGCAUUUCUGACUUCCUGGAUUAUAUGGGGAUAAAAGGUGCACGUCUUCCUCUUGGCUUCACCUUUUCCUUCCCUUGCAAGCAGACCAGUCUGGAUGCUGGUAUCCUUCUCAAUUGGACAAAAGGCUUCAAAGCUACAGACUGCGAGGGAGAAGAUGUGGUAUAUUUGCUUAGAGAAGGAAUUAAAAGAAGAGAGGAAUUUGACUUGGAUGUGGUGGCUGUGGUGAAUGAUACAGUGGGCACAAUGAUGACCUGUGCUUACGAAGACCCAAACUGUGAAAUCGGGCUCAUUGUGGGAACGGGCAGCAAUGCCUGUUACAUGGAAGAGAUGAGGAACAUAGAGAUGGUGGAUGGUGAGCAAGGGCGGAUGUGCGUGAACACGGAGUGGGGAGCGUUCGGGGAUAACGGAUGCCUGGACGACAUCAGGACAAUAUAUGACAAAGCAGUUGAUGACUAUUCACUGAAUGCUGGAAAGCAAAGGUAUGAGAAAAUGAUCAGUGGGAUGUACCUGGGGGAAAUAGUCCGCAAUAUUUUGAUCGACUUCACCAAACGGGGGUUCCUGUUCCGAGGCCAGAUUUCGGAGACGCUGAAGACCAGGCAUAUCUUUGAAACCAAGUUCCUUUCUCAGAUUGAGAGUGACAGGUUGGCCUUGCUGCAGGUGCGAACCAUCCUGCAGCAGCUGGGGCUCAACAGCACCUGCGACGACAGUAUCAUUGUCAAGACGGUCUGCGGGGCGGUGUCAAGGCGAGCAGCUCAGCUGUGUGGUGCUGGAAUGGCUGCUGUUGUAGAUAAAAUUAGGGAGAACAGAGGGUUGGAGCGCCUGGAGAUAACGGUCGGUGUGGAUGGCACUCUGUACAAACUACAUCCUCACUUUUCGAGGAUCAUGCACCAAACAGUCAAAGACCUGGCACCCAACUGCGACGUGACCUUCCUGCUGUCGGAGGACGGCAGCGGGAAGGGGGCCGCGCUCAUCACAGCGGUGGGAUGCCGGCUGCGCGAGGCCGAGCAGAACUGAACUCCACAGCCCUGGCCCCGAUUCUGUCUUGUGAGCACUUUCUCAUAAAGCAGCGACUGCAUAGUCAGAACUGGUAAAAACCCAGAACUCACUGCUUUAUCGGGGGAAAAAAAAAAAUUACAACUAAUGACAUAAAAGAAAAAAAAUAGGAUACAAGAUAGAAUGUGUGCUGUUAAUAAUAUCUCCUGUUUCUGGACCCCAAUCUGCAUGUUUCUUACUCACCUUGUUGGUACCUUCCCCAUCUGUAGGUCAUGGAAAAAAUCAGUCUAUAAUUUCUGCAGUUGUCAAAACUCGGUUGUUGUCUGAGAUGAAAUUGCCCCCAAGUGAUGUGCAUUGAGAGCUACCGUUGCAUCGUACCGAGUGUGUCCUUUGCAGCAUCCCUGUGAGCGCACUGCCAGCACGCUGACCACCAGACCUGGGUGUUGAUGCUUUUAGUGAAGGGGAAGCAACAGUUCCCUCCUGCAUAUCUACCUGCUGUUGUUCCGUCUAAAGCGAUUGUGAAAACAUUAUGGUGUGUCAGCACUGUGCACGCAACUCUAUAGUGGGACUUGACACCGCGACUUACUCGCUUCCUUGAUGCCUGUUCUGUCAUGGUAAAAGUAAACGCCCUUGUCCCACAGAUCUGGUUCCACUGGUAUUUCCCAUUGCUUCUGUGAGCAGUGUUGUGUUACUGGGCGAAAUCCGCCACGUUUCGGCAAGAAAUCCCCAAAGAGUAAAAUGAAGUGGUUGGUGAUUGGGGUAAUCCAAACCUCCAGACCUGCGACAUCGGCAGAUUCGUGGUCCCUACACGGCUGUGCUGUGCUCUUCUGUUUAAAAGUUCUUAUAAAAAGUAUUUCCUAUCUCUUCUCGUUAGUCUGGAUCAGGGCACUGCUGCUGCCCUUCCACGGAACCUGCAGCUCGCCUGUGUCCCUCGGAUGCGGCGCUUCCGUCUCUCGCCUUAAAUGGGUAUUUGCUUCCACACAGAGCUUUAAUCUUUAAUACUGUUCAGCAAUCACUCAGAACACAAACACUCAGCUAGAGUUAGUGCUCAGAAAGGAAUAGGAGGGUUUGAUUUUGAUCUUGCCUUUGAGGACCUGGGUGUGUAGACAACCCACCAAGCCAAAAUUGGACACAGCUUAUUCCAAGGAUGAAAGCAACAGCAAAGAUAAUACACACUUGGUGUCCCCUGUCCUCUGUCGAGUCGAUGCCAUUAUUAUACUUGCAUCAGUUGCAUUACUGAAAUUGAAAAGCAGUUAGGAAGGUAAACGUCGAGUAACAUUUGCAAGUCACACCACUUUCUGCAAAGAGGGAGACCACACAGUAGUCCUUAAUUCCCACUCUUCUACCAAAAAUGAAUUUGAGAUAUCUGCAUGGUUUUCCCUGCUGCCUUUUCCUGCAGAAAGUAGAUGGAAAUUUGCAGGCUACUCCUCUUUGUCCUCAUUCCACUCCCCUAAGAUUUGGAUUGCCCUACCUAUUGAUAACAUUUCAAUAUGCAUUAUGGUGCACUGUGAGUGAAUGUUGUAAAGUAACAUGUGAGUCACAAACAGUCAUUGCAGCUUUAAGUGUGUGUCUACCUGAAAAAUUGCAUGCCUAACUGGUUUUGCAAAGGUAGAGAGUCUUUUUACUUUGCACACUAGUAGCUCUGGUACUAGUGUUACGUGAUACUUGUGAAAAUAUUAAACUUUUUUGAUGUGCGU